AUGCCCGCCGAUGUGAAGUACGGCUACGGACACGGCAAGUCGGCGAUAGAUGUGCUCGGCACGGAGCAUCGCUGGCACUUCGUUGCCAAAUCAACUGAUCAGGCUCCGCCAAUGCUGGUUCCGCGCGGCAAGACUACGGGCGGCUCUUCCGCCGUGAACGCCCAGAUAUUCCUGCGCGGCGUGCCGGAGGACUACGACGACUGGGCGUCCUGGGGCAACGAUGAGUGGAACUUCCAGAAGCUCAUUCCAUUCUUCCGGCGGAUGGAGACCGAUACUGACUUCUCCGACGACUUCCACGGCGUUGACGGGCCGACCAUAGUCAGGCGCUACAAGCCCGACGAGUGGCUUCCGGACCAGCAGGCGUGGUACCAAGCCAGCCGCGAAUACGGCUUCCCAGACUGCCCCGACCAUAACGAUCCCGACUCGACCGGUGUAGGCCCCUGCCCGUUCAACAACCCGAACCGCAUUCGCUGGAGCACCAAUAUCGGCUACCUGAGCGAAGCGCGGGAUCGUCCGAACCUCACCAUCGUGUCGCGCGCACUGGCGCACCGGAUCAUCUUCGAUGGCACCAGGGCGACCGGUGUGGAAUACGAAGCGGACGGCGAGAUGCAAUCUGCAAUGGCGAUGAGAUUAUCCUGUCGGCAGGGGCAAUCGGCUCACCGCAUCUGCUGA